AUGGCUGCUGCUGGCGGUGCUUCGAGCAUAAUCACACAGGUACAACAGACGGCAGGGCCACCAAUAAAUACAUUAGGAGGCGAUGUUGGGAGUGACGAACACAUUACCCUCGAUCUGAGAGGCACUAAAUUUACUUUGUCGCGUGACGAGCUGCUCACUUUGCCUGAGUUUGUUCUGCUCUCUCUAUUUCCGAAUGGCCUACUUCCCGAUGGCCAGAUGGGCACAUUCCACGAUGGCGAUGUGUAUCCAGUAGACUACAUGCUCGACUUUUUCAGAGGAGUCGCCCAGUCGAUCCCUUCUUCAUCGUCUUCGCCAUCAGCAUCACAUGAGAACGAUCCUGUGGCCAUGGAGCCACUUUCUGGUGCUGCCAAGGACAUGCUCCAGGAUCGCGCUGGCAUCAUUGUUUUGAGAGAAGAUCUGGAUUUUUACGUUAUUCCACCACGUAAAGAUAUCGAACAGGUAGAGAUGAUCGAGGUCAAACGAGCCGCUGCAAGAGCUCUCCUACAGCAGAAUGGCAUCUUCUCAGGCCUUCGACGUAGCCAGGAGACUGGCACGACUGAACAGCAUUUGAUAGAAAUGCUCACUGCUGGUGGUUUUGAUCACGACGAUACUUGGGGCCACAGGGCAGGCGAGCCUCACAAAGCAGUUAUCUGCAGUCUGGCGUUGGCCAGGUUAAGGACAGACAUCAAAGGCGAUCUGGCCGGCGGUAAUGCCGUCGGCAUGGCUCAAAAAUUGCUUCUGUUCUGGCGCAAACCCGCUCGCAGGUGUUGGUGGGAAGGCGUCGAGUUACAGAACGUCGAUGGUGUACCCGGAAUACUCAAAGUAUGGAUAAGGCGUGUAUGGACUUUGGAAAUGAGCGUCAUCGGAUUGAGAUGA